GCCUUUCAAUCAGGAAGGUCCAGCACACCUGUGUUUUCAGGGCCUGGGCGACGACUUCAGCACCAGACACCAGCCUCUCGCGUCCGUCGCUGCGCUCUGCCAAGUUACUUUCCGACAUCUUCCACCUGAAGUUCGAGGCCCUCUCGCAGUGGACAGCAGGCUGACGCGGAGUCACCCAGCCAAACCAACCCCGGAGACACCAACUGUGGGGCCGCUCCUCUGAGUGAGGAGGAGGGCGACCCACCGUUUUAAACGGCGGGGAGGAGGAGGCGGGGCUGAAACCAGUCCGCUCGGGGUGAGGUGAGAUGUAAACACACUCUCUCUCCUGUCACAACCGGGCCUUUUCCAGGGCCCUCCAUUCGCGGCCGGCAGAGUGUCAGGAGGAGGCGGGACUAGCUGGAGGUGGAAGCCUGUGCCGAGCAGAUCGAUGGUCUGCAUCAUGUCUGGAGCCAGCCGUCAGCUGGCUCUUUUCCUCUGCGGCUGUUGCGUGGCUGCCCUGGGGGUCCAGGCCGAGGAGCGCUGCCCGGCCGAGCGUCACCAGGCUCACCAGUACGUGGUUGCCGUGUACGAGCACCGGCCCAUCCUGAGCCCGAACCCGCUGGCCCUCACCAGCCGCGAGCAGGCCUUGGAGCUCAUGAACCAGAACCUCGACAUCUACGAACAGCAAGUGACGAUCGCGGCCCAAAAGGGUGUACAGAUUAUAGUGUUUCCAGAAGAUGGCAUCCAUGGAUUCAACUUUACAAGAACAUCCAUUUACCCGUUUUUGGACUUCAUGCCUUCUCCCCACUUGGUCAGGUGGAACCCAUGCCUGGAGCCCCACCGAUUCAAUGACACGGAAGUCCUCCAGCGCCUGAGUUGUAUGGCUGUCAAGGGAGAGAUGUUCCUGGUGGCCAAUCUUGGGACAAAGCAGCCUUGUCAUAGCAGUGACCCAGGGUGCCCAAAUGAUGGCAGAUACCAGUAUAACACGAACGUGGUGUUCAGCAGUAAUGGAACCCUGGUUGACAGCUACCGCAAACAAAACCUCUACUUUGAAGCAGCGUUCAAUACCCCCCUGGAAGUGGAUCGCAUCACCUUUGAUACCCCCUUUGCUGGCAAGUUUGGCAUCUUCACUUGCUUUGACAUAUUGUUCUUCGACCCUGCUGUCAGGCUCCUCAUAGACUCAGAGGUGAAGCAUGUCGUGUAUCCGACCGCCUGGAUGAACCAGCUCCCACUCUUGGCAGCCAUUCAGAUUCAGAGGGGUUUCGCCAUCACCUUUGGCGUCAACUUUCUGGCUGCGAACAUCCACCAUCCAUCUCUGGGGAUGACAGGAAGUGGCAUACACGCCCCUCUGAAGUCCUUUUGGCACCAUGACAUGGAAAGCCCCGAAGGUCACCUUAUAAUUGCCCAGGUAGCCAAAAAUCCACAGGGUCUCAUUGGUACAGGGAAUGCCACAGGGAAAAUGGACCCAUCCCAUAGUAAGUUUUUAAAAAUCUUGGCAGGGGAUCCAUACUCUGAGAAGGAUGCUCAGGACGUCCACUGUGAUGGAGCCCCCAAAUGGAACACGAAUGCCUCUCCCACGUUUAACUCUGAGAUGAUGUAUGACAAUUUCACCCUGGUUCCCGUGUGGGGCGAGGAAGGCUACCUCCGAGUCUGUGCAAAUGGCCUUUGCUGUCAUUUGCUUUACCAGAGGCCCACUCUGUCCAAGGAGCUGUAUGCCCUGGGGGUCUUUGACGGCCUUCACACUGUGCACGGCACUUACUACGUUCAAGUCUGUGCCCUGGUCAAGUGUGGCGGUCUUGGCUUUGAAACCUGUGGGCAGGAGGUCACAGAGGCUGCGGGGAUAUUUGAGUUUCACUUGUGGGGGAACUUCAGUACCUCCUAUAUCUUUCCAAUGCUUCUGACCUCAGGGAUGACCCUGGAAACCCCUGACCAGCUGGGCUGGGAGAAUGAUCAUUAUUUUCUGAGGAAGAGCGGACUGUCCUCCGGCCUGGUGACGGCAGCUCUCUACGGGCGGUUGUAUGAGAAGGACUAGGGGGUGUGGGGUGGGCUCCCCCUGCACUGGCACAGGCCAAAGCUCACAGCACCGGGACCACUUCUUCGCCCCAGAGCCCAUCCUGGGAGCCACGGGAAGAGGUAGGGAGACAGAUUUCACCAGUGUCUUUUCCUCUUAAGCGCAAAUUUGUGAGACAUUUUCUGGUAUUUUCUACUCACAUUUCUAUUUUUCAAGCCACGUCUUCCUCCAGCAGAUCUUCCAUUACACAAUUGUUUUAAGAGCGCAAACAAAAAUAAAUGUCAGUUUAUAUUUUACAUGUCCACAAAACAGCAGGUUUCGUGUGUGUUCUUGCUGUUGAUCAAGUGACACCCAGGAUAUACAGGUAUUUCAGAAGCCUCAAACAUUGUCUGUCUAGGGUAAGAAACAAACUCUCAGAGCAAAAGCCGUGUUAGAAAUGGCUGCCAUGGGGACUUUUCCAUUCUGGUCGGCCAGAACUCAUCCCCCCGCACUGAUCGUGCCAGAGCCGCCAGCAGCAUCAGCAAUGUGGAUCCUGAGGCAGCUUUUAAAAAUAGAAGGGAAGCUUUUCUCACAUCUGCCUUUCUGUCAGUGAUCGGAAUGUGUCAGGCAGGACUCAGAAUAACUGGAAAGAAAGAGUGCAGUGCCCCGGAGAGAGAGGCUGGAAAAAAGUGCUGAGGAGAGGGCAGCGAUGGGAACAGAUGAGUCAUAGGUUUCUUGUGCACAGCGUGUCUCAUCCAGGGAUUCCAGACACCUUAAUAAAUCACGCUAGCUCUGGGCAAGAGCCUUCCGGCUGCCCAACUGUGCGGGGUGGAACGAUGCUGGGAAUUCAUUCCCAGUCCGCUGGCAGGGCCUUCUCUUUGCAGACGGGUUGCAGGAACGGUGUGGGGUUUGGCCCGCUUAGUCUUUAUUCAGUCACUCAACAGGUGUCUUUGGAAAGCCCACCAGGGACAGAGCGAGGACCUCCCAAAAUAUGAACUGCACGUGCAAAAUCAUAUCAGUGUGUGAAGACAUUCUUUAGGCCACUGGUCUGUAUUAUUUGUAUCCAACAUUUCAAAGUCACUUUGACUCUAUGCCUAGUAACUGUUUCAGAUCAUUUUUAAGGUGGAAAAUCGGUAGCUUUUAAAGAAAAUGGAUAGUUAGCUUUCUGUGAUUUGCCUCUUCAAUGUGUGGCUAUUUAGUUUCAUCUCCUUUAUAAAUUAGGUUUUUAAAAACAGUAUGUGCAUAUAUCUACACAUAAUUACAUGAAGUAAAAAAUGAAAUUCUUUCCCCAUUCCCCCCACAGUGUGGCUUUCCAGACCCUUUCCUGGCUUUUAGGCAGAAAAAUAAAAAGCAUAGAUCCUAGGGUCAGACUGACCAGCUUUACUUUCUUGGCCUCCCUGUUUACUCUUCACUACGUAGACCUCGACUAUUUAUUUGAACCUUGCUGUGCCCCAGUUUUCUCAUUUGUGGGAUGUGUAUUGAAUCAUCCAUGUGGGAAAGAAGCAAAGACCCGCUGACUCACUGCCCGCUUGCAAAGGCCUAGAAUGAGUCAAGCCGGCCUUCAGGGAAUUUGCAGGAACAGCUCAGGAUUUCUGAGGAAACCCAGGAGGUCCCCCCGGAACGGGACAGGGGCCUCUCCCACCAGAUGCUGGCGCAGACCCGGGAGGGGUGAGCUGGAGGGGGCACACGGCUCCGGAUGUGGCCGCCCCUGCUCCAGGGAAACAGAAAUCAUCUCAGAAAUGCAUAUUGUUGCUUCCUGCCAAGAUGAUUCAAAUCAUCCAGAGAGAGACAGAGGCCAGGCCUAAAUACAGACUUGGUGGAGCUACUUCACCCAGCAAACAUUUUUGAAGCACCUGCUGGAUGCACAUUUUGCUCUUCUGAGCAGAGUAUUGAGAACUUUCCCCGAGUUACUAUCUACUGACAAUUUAGAACUAACUGCUCAUGAAGUAGAAAUGAGGGGGACAAGAAAUUAUGAUUUUUAUGAUAAAAAGUAGUUGCCAGAUGGCAGAACAAAGUACAGGGCAGGGGGGAAAUGAGUAAAAUAAAUCAUUUUCAGGAAAAAAAAAAGGCACGUAUGACUCACGGUUGUGAUACGCUUCUGUCAGCUGUGAUCCUGAAACUCAGGAAGCAGAUGGCGAUCUUGACCAUAACACAGGGGCAGACACCCAGUGUAUUUCUGGUGGAAUGAGGCCUGGGGGAAGCGGCUGUCCGUGUGGUUUCUCAUGGGGGUGCAGCUGCGCCUCUCUGUGGUCUUCUGCGCAGAGGGAGUGAGAGACAACGAUGGGCUUAAAAAGUCCUGUUCUUAGAGAAGGUAAAGCCACGGCCUGCCGGCAGCCUGUCCGCCCCAGUGCCCACCAUGGCCUCUCGAGAGGAGGGCCUGCCCACAGCCCUGCUGAGAGAAACCCACCUGGGCCAGUGCUGACCCACAGGCGGCCGGCUCAGUGCCCUCACCCCCAAAAGAAACCCUGUACCCACGAGCAGUCAUGUCCAUUCUCCCUCCCCCCAUCCCAUGGCAACUACUAAUACACUUCCUAUCUCUACGGAUUUGCCCAUUCUGAACAUUUUAUAUAAUUGGAAUCAUACAAUAUGUGGCCUUUCGUUCCUGCCUUCUUCCACUUAGUGUAAUGUAUUCAAGGUUUAUCCUUGUGUAUUAUGUAUAAGUUCUCCCUUCUUAUGGUUGAAUAGUAUUUCAUUGUAUAGAUAUACCACAUUUGUUUAUCCAUUAAGUUAGUGGACAUUGCGUUGUUUCCACUUUUUGGCUAUUAGGAAUAAUGCUGCCGUGAAUAUUCAUGUACAAGUUUAUAUGUGAAUAUACGUUUUCAAUUCCUUGGGUAUAUAUCUAGGAGUGUAAUUGCUGGGUCAUACAAGUCAAUGUUUAAUUAUCUGAGGAACUGUCAGACAGACAGACUGUUUUCCAAAGGGGCUGCAUCAUUUUUCAUCCCUAAUAGCAAUGUAUAAGAAUUCAAAUUUCUCCACAUCCUUGCUAAUGCUUGUUAUUGUCUGUUUGUUAAAAUCAUAGCCAUCUCAGUGGUUGUGGUUUCGCAUCGUGGUUGUGAUUUCAUUGCCCUAGUUGCUAAUAACGCUGAACAUCUUUCCAAGUGCUUACUGGCCACCCAUAUAUCUUCUUUGAAGAAAUUAUUAAAAUCUUAUGCCCAUUUAAAAAA